CACAAUCACACACCGGGCACCUGCAAAGAAGCGAGGAACGAAUCGGUAACGGUAAAUAUUAAAACACCGUUAGGUUUUUAUAUUCCCGAGUAUCUAAACAAUUUAACUGGAGAAAUGACUACUCUUGUCAAUGCAAACUAUGUCUUAUCUGAUUCAACUUUUCGAGUGAGACCUGAUUUAAAGACGUAUUUUUUGACUAAUAAUAAUUCUGGAGGCCACACAGUCAGACAGAUUGAAGAAAACAGGAGGCUCAGGCAGUCGAAAUUUCCUUCAUUAAGAGGAAAACAUGAUUAUUCUUCAUUUCAAGACAAAAAAAGUUCAGGAUUUAGGAAAUACAAUGAUGAUGGAGAUCACCAAGUAGCGGCUCCGCACAGAUCCUAUGAUAAUAUUAUCGACCCCACUACUGGUUUUGUUAGUGCUGGUGGUGAUUUGGACCGGGGCACUGGUCACAGUAAAAUAGACACCUUAGUACAAGUUAAUGAUAAACCUAAUGCCAGCAUUCCUCAAACAAAAACGCCCAGAUCAACGACAUCGAUUCCUGCACCAGGUCUACAUCGUUCCAUGACCUAUGUUCCUGGAGCUCCAACCAAAUGGAACAGUAGAAAAAUCUCUGAUGCUUGGAUAAGAGCUCAACUUGGAGGUUGGACAAGUGACUUUGACCCAACCAAAGUUCUAACAGAAGAACAAAAAGCUCAGAGUUUUUUUGUGGCAAAACAACCGUCAGAAUUGAGUAAAAGUUCAAGAGAUGAGUUGGCAAGAAAGUUUAUGUACAGUUCAUCUACGCAAAGACUAUAUGAAGGUGUACCAUGGGAUAAUAUGUUGAAAGGUAAACCAUGGCCAUUUAAAACAACACUUGAACUCCGACCUGAUAUGGUAUCACAGAGAUUCUCUGAUAAACAAUAUGAACCUACAGCUCAGGAAUGGCAGUCUGUGGGAAAAUCAUGGGAUCGAGGUCAACCUAGAAGUGGUUAUUAUAAAAAUAGACCAGUUACAUUCUGUUGUCCAAGUUCCAGAACACAACAGAUACCUAGUUACGGAGGCUCUGUAGGUGCUAAUAAUAUAGAAGAAAUAGAUAAUCCUGCUGUAGAGUUCCAACCCUUAACAGUUAAACGGGUUAAUAUACCCAGACCUACAGAAACAGCACAUCGACCAAAUAUUCCUGGUUAUGAGGGAUGUACAUUGUAUCAAGGACAGUAUGCUCCAGCCAACUCAGCACUACCAUCUUAUUCUCAGCAUAUUGCUUCAACAUCUCUAGUCCAUAGAUCGAUGCCAGUGAUGCCAAGUUCAUCAGAACAUAAAAGAGAUUCUCAGAUGUCUAAAAUGGUGACUUUGGUGCCACCUUGCAAUCCCUCUAAAUCAUCGAUGAAAGAAGGAAUUGUCACAGUGGCUUAAACACCUGGUUUUCAUGCAAUAUAAUCUUAUGCACAUCAGUUACUGUGAACUAUAGCGUGUUAUGGUGGACAACAAAGGACUGUUAAUGUGGAUUUACUUGUCGAACAAUCCAUACUAUAUUGUUAUGUUAAAGAAUAGAAAUACAAAAUGAAAUUAAUGUGACUGGUGGUAGAUGGUAUUUAACACAUUAGUUUAUUGUUACCGUAUAUAUGCACAUACAAAUCAGUAUCAAGCUACCGGUAAUCUUUGUUUUCGUAAUUUAAAUUGAGUUUUACUCUCAGAGCUAUAACUGUGUGGAGUUUGGGACCAGUAUUAAAAUCAACAUUUUUAUGUCUUGAUAAUUAAGUAUUAUGAAUAUUCUAGAAGUAGUCAUUCAUGUCAGUCAGAAAUGAACCCAAAAAUGUAAUGAAGAAAUGUAUUUUAUUCUCAUCUGUGAUUGCAUUUUAUAUUUAAUAUUUAUCAAGAUAAAUCAUGUUUAUAUAAAGAUGUAAAUAAUCUUUGUUAUAAUAAUUUAAUGUACCAUAUGUUGUUUGAUAUUAAAGGAGCUAACACUCUUCUCUCAUUUGGUCCAACCUCGUGGGUUCUCUCUAGGUCCUCCGGUUUCCUCCUACUGCUAGCGAAUUAUUGAAAUAAAAUUGUACCAUAAUGUAAUUUCUUUAUGGUCCCAGAUGAAAGAAGUUUAGUCAUUUUAACAUGACUAAAUUGGACAAUUUUUACACAAAUCUUUUAGGAUCCUUGUGACAUCUAUUUUUGAGAGUACUCCUUUUAACUUAUUAUUCAAAAAAAUAAAUAAAGUUCAUAAACUAAAUAUUGGCAUAAUUUAAUGUCUAAUGUGAAGUUUGGUUGAUGUGUUCUGAAAAUCUUAAAGAAUUCAGAUGUCCGUGAGAAUCAUGAUGCAAUUAAAGAUUCACCCAAAUUACCAGGUGUUCAUGACCCUGAAAUUUAUGAUCAUUGAAUUAUUAAAAAAAUUAUAUUAAUAUGGAUAAAAUUGUCUCAAUGCUGUUAUUGUCUCAAAUUAAUGUGUAGAAUAUAUAUAUUUAAAUUGUUUGAAAAUUGAUAUAAAUUUUGUUAUUUUUAUUAAUUGAUUCCCUGUUUUUAAUAUUAAUAUGGAUACUUUAUAUUUUAUUAUUAUAUAUCAGAUUUUGUAUAUUUUAUUAUCGUGUAUGGAAACCUGGAGAACAAAUCCUUUUUUGAACAUGCUGGUUUUCACAGGGUAACUGUCAUCAACUGUAAACAUGCUGAUUGUGACGGGUAACUGUCAUCCACUGUAAAUAAAACUUGUUCUAUAUUUGUCUUCAAACCAUUGAUUUUCUUAGCAUAUAUGACAGCCUUGACAGGGCUAGAUCUAUUUGUUAAGGCCAACUCAAUUUUCGUCAAGGUCGCUGAGAUGUAAAUAAGGUUAGGGCACGUGAUUGUUGGCAAGAUUGUAGGUUAGGGUUAGGGUUAGGGUAAGCAUUAGGGCCAGGUCCAGGGUUAGGGUUAGGAUUAGCGCUAGCCCUGUUUACAUCUCGUGACCUUUGACCAAACUUGAAGUUUGUCUUAACAAAUAGAUCUAACCGACAGUUACAACCAUUUGAAAACAAGAGUAACUAUUUUAUCAAUCGCACAUAGCUUUAUUUAUAUACAGUGACUGACAGUUACCCUGAUAUCGGCAAAGAAAUUUGCACUUCUGGUUCUGAAUUGUGGAAACUAUUUUGAUACCAUACCAAAUAAUAAAUAAAAUAUCAGGAAACUGCAACCAUUGGAUGUCUCUUUUAAUUUAACGGCCAUUACCAAUUUAUAAAACUUGUCAUGAACAAUCAUUAAUUUAUAACAUGAUUAAACACACACUGAACUUACAUGAUAUAAUUGUUACACUUCCCAUGACCAUUUUUUAAAUGAAGAGCUUUAAUAAUGUGUUUAGCUUAGUGGUUAAUAAAUUAUAUAAAUGAGUAUUAAUAUAGAAAACAAAAAAUUAAUUUUAGUUUCUCUUGGAUAUUUGAAUAAUGUUUUGUAUUGACAUGUGAUAUUAUAUCUGAUCAGUAUUAUAUAUAGUCUUCCCUUUUUAAUACGAACACUAGGAUUUGUAGAUCUACUUUACUACAAUCAUAUCUACUUUACUAUAAUCAUAUAGGAUACUGUAUUUUAUAGAUCUACUUUACUACAAUCAUAUAGGAUACUGUAUUUUAUAGAUCUACUUUACUACAAUCAUAUCUACUAUAAUCAUAUAGGAUACUGUAUUUUAUAGAUCUACUUUACUACAAUCAUAUAGGAUACUGUAUUUUAUAGAUCUACUUUACUACAAUCAUAUCUACUUUACUAUAAUCAUAUAGGAUACUGUAUUUUAUAGAUCUACUUUACUACUAUCAUAAAGGAUACUGUCUUUUAUAGAUCUACUUUACUACUAUCAUAAAGGAUAUAGAUCUACUUUACUACUAUCAUAAAGGAUACUGUAUUUUAUAGAUCUACUUUACUACUAUCAUAAAGGAUACUGUAUUUUAUAGAUCUACUUUACUAAAAUCAUAUAGGAUACUGUAUUUUAUAGAUCUACUUUACUACUACCAUAAAGGAUACUAUCAUAAAGGAUACUGUAAUUUAUAGAUCUACUUUACUACUACCAUAAAGGAUACUAAAAUCUUAUAGGAUACUGUAUUUUAUAGAUCUACUUUACUAAAAUCAGAAAGGAUACUGUAUUUUAUAGAUCUACUUUACUACAAUCAUCUACUCUAAUUAAAUAGAAUUCAGUAUUAUUUGUUGCUGUUAAAAUAUUAUGAGAAAUACAAAUUGUAAAUAAAGUCUUAUUUAUAUCAUA